AUGCAGCAGAGAUCUUCAAGCUCGAGCUCGCGCUUCACGGGCGACGAACACAGAGCCAUCAACAUCGCCGCAGAACAGCAGCAGAAUCAGCACACCAAGCGCCGAAAGACCACUGAAGACAACGAAUUCCUUGACGGCCUCCCGAUCUACCACCUCCGCACCGCAGCUCCCGUCCGGAGGGAUUUCUCCAGUCGCUCGUCGCGCUUGCCGCCGGAGAAAUGGAUCCAUGCUAUCCCCGCGCUCGUUCUGCUCUGCCUCUUCACUCUCUGGUGGUUCUCUUUUCCAGUUGAUGUGGAGAUCAAUAAUGGUAGGAUUACAACCAUAAGGCAGAUCAACAUGCCGCUACCUAACGAUUCUCGUAUUGAUCUCACAAUACUCGCAGUUUCAACAGCAUCACCGAUUCCUUCAAUUCCUUCCCGGUAA